UAAACGAUAUAGUGGAUUUCUAGGAAGCUUCUUCAAGUGUCUAACAUUUAACGGCGCAGCAAAAUGACCGCGAAACCAAAAUUUGAAUUCGAAAAGGAUGAACAGGUGACAUUAGGAGAUGUGGACGACAACGAAGUGGACCGUGUGGCGGAGAGUUUCAAGGGACGCAGCCUGUUCAUAACCGGUGGCACAGGUUUUCUUGGCAAGGUGCUGGUGGAAAAACUUCUUCGUUCCUGUGGUGAACUCAAACGUAUUUACUUGCUCAUACGGCCGAAGAAGGGAAAAGACCCACAGGAACGCAUAAAGGAGAUUUUUCAGAAUGUGCUCUUCGAUAUGGUAAAGCAACAGCGCGGUGAGGAGCGCAUCCUCAGCCAGGUGGUGGCUAUAGCUGGCGAUGUACUGCUGCCCGGGCUGGGCAUCUCUGACCAAGAUCUAGAAACGCUUCGCAAUGAAGUUUCCAUUGUGUACCAUUGUGCAGCUACAGUGCGUUUUGAUGAGCCAUUGCGCAAUGCGGUGUUCAUGAACACGAGAGGCACCAAAUAUAUGCUCGACCUGGCCGCCACACUCAAGCAUCUGGACUUUUUCGCCUAUUGUUCGACAGCAUAUUGCCAUCUGCACGUAAAGACAUUGUAUGAGAAACCCUACGAUCCGCCCGCAGAUCCACACAAGGUGAUGCAGGCCUGCGAAUGGCUGACGGACGAGGAAGUGGCAUUAAUUGAAAAGAAAAUUCUGGGCGAUAUACCCAACACGUAUGCCUACACCAAAUCCCUAGCCGAGGCAUUGGUUGUGGAGAAGUUCAAGGAACUGCCUGCCGCUAUCUUACGACCUUCCAUUGUCAUACCUAUUUGGAAGGAGCCCAUACCUGGCUGGACCGACAACAUAAAUGGACCAACUGGUUUGUUAAUUGGUGCCGGCAAAGGAGUUAUACGCACCAUGUAUUGUAACUCGUCAGGAUUUGGAGAUUUUUUGCCGGUGGACGUCGCUGUUAACGCCAUUUUGGUGGCCAGCUGGCGUUACAUUACAAUGGGCAUGGCUGAUGCCAACCGCGUUGCACAUAUGACCAGCUCAAAUGAUAUUAAGGUCUCUUGGGCCGAGAUUAUCGAGCUGGGCCGUUGGGUUAUAGAAAAUAAAGUGCCGCUGAAUGGGGUGGCCUGGUACCCGGGUGGCUCAAUGAAGUCCCAGUAUUGGCUGCACUACAUUUGCAUGAUAUUAUUCCAUUGGAUACCAGCCCUAUUUGCCGAUGCCCUUCUAUGGCUGCUGCGCUAUCCACCUGUCCUGUGCCGCGUGCAAAAUCGCAUAUCCAAAGGCUUUGAAGUUUUCGAAUACUAUGCAAAUAAUGUUUGGAAUUUUGACAACACAGAGGCAGUGGAGCUUCGAAAAAUAAUGAAUAACAAGGAACGAAGAACCUAUGUCAUUGAGAAAAUUGACGUCGACCUAAUCGACUAUUUCACAAACUGUGUGUUGUGUGCACGACGAUUGAUUUUGAAAGAAUCUGAUGAGUCUAUACCAGCUGCCAAACGCCACAUGAAAAUCAUGUGGUUCGUGGACAAAGUGGUCAAAGGCAUGUGGAUUGGCGGACUUCUGUAUAUAUUCUACAAUUGCUUCUCAGGAUACUUUACGAGCACAACACAGGUGCAAUCGAUUGAUUCAUUUUAGUAACAACAUUACAAUUUAGUUAAAUGCUUAAAACCAAAAUGAGCGCUGUUCCAACCAUACUGUUUUAUUAUUUUCCUUUUACUAAAAUGUAUAUGUUUGUACAUACAUAUGUAAGUUGAAUAGAUUUAAAUGGUGUUGCUUAAGAUAAAUGGAUUAAUGUUUAAUUGUAUAAUUAAAUGAAAAAAAUAUUUCAAUUGUUAUCAAGUAA